AUGUCAAACAUUACGGACAAGGACCCAGCUGAUUUAUUGGCUUCUUUAAAGCUCAAGGAAAAUGAUCAAACAACCACUGUAAAGAAGACCGAUGAUGCUAAGAAAGUAGAAGAAGGCAAGAAACCCGAGGAGAAGAAGGAGACUGCUGAACCAGAUACCAAUUUAUUGGCAUCUGAAUAUGAAGUUAAAGUGAAACUAGUUGAUCUACAAGCCGAUCCUAAUUCUCCAUUAUUUAGUGUUAAAUCGUUUGACGAUUUAGGAUUAGAUCCAGCCUUAUUGAAGGGUGUUUAUGCCAUGAAGUUUCAAAAACCUUCUAAGAUUCAAGAAAAGGCGUUACCCCUUUUACUUCACAACCCACCUAGAAAUAUGAUUGCUCAAUCUCAAUCUGGUACGGGGAAAACUGCUGCAUUUUCAUUAGCCAUGUUGAGUCGUGUUAAUGUGGAUGAAGAAAUUCCUCAAGCCAUUUGUUUAGCACCUUCAAGAGAAUUAGCUAGACAAACCAUGGAAGUUGUACAAGACAUGGGUAAAUUCACUAAGAUAUCGACCCAACUAAUUGUCCCUGAUUCAUUUGAAAGAAACACACGUAUUAAUGCACAAAUUGUGGUGGGUACUCCAGGUACAGUUUUAGAUUUAAUGCGUAGAAAGUUAAUUGAUAUAUCCAAGAUCAAGAUUUUUGUAUUAGAUGAAGCUGAUAAUAUGUUAGAUAAACAAGGGUUGGGUGAUCAAUGUGUUCGUGUUAAGAGAUUUAUACCAAAGACUGCUCAAUUGGUGUUAUUUAGUGCUACAUUUGCGGAUGCUGUUAGAGAAUAUGCGAAAAAAGUGGUUCCUGAUGCCAACACGUUAGAAUUACAAACCAAUGAGGUCAAUGUCAGUGCCAUUAAACAAUUAUACAUGGAUUGUAAGAGUGAAGAGCAUAAAUAUGAAGUUUUAUCUGAGUUAUAUGGACUAUUGACUAUUGGAUCCUCCAUUAUCUUUGUUGCCACUAAGAAUACAGCCAAUUUGUUAUAUGGUCAAUUAAGAAAGGAUGGUCAUGCGGUGUCUAUAUUACACGGUGACUUACAAAGUACUGAAAGAGAUAGAUUAAUUGAUGAUUUCAGAGAGGGUAAAUCCAAGGUUCUCAUUACGACGAACGUGCUUGCUCGUGGUAUUGAUAUUCCAACGGUGUCCAUGGUGGUCAACUACGAUUUACCCACUUUAAGGAACGGAGAAGCAGACCCUGCCACAUACAUACACAGAAUUGGUAGAACCGGUAGAUUUGGUAGAACCGGUGUAGCCAUUUCGUUCGUGCAUGACAAGAAGACCCUGAACACGUUACUGACGAUUCAGAAAUACUUUGGGGACAUUGAGAUGACCCGUGUGCCCACGGACGACUGGGACGAAGUGGAGAAGAUCGUGAAGAAGGUGUUGAAGGAGUAA